CAAGCUCUGACCAUAUUUUGUGAACACAAUCUAUCCUGAAGUGUAUAUAAGACAGGCAAACUAGUUAACCUUUUCUCAUAUUGUCAAGACCUGCUGUAGAGUGGAGAGAAACACAAACAUUUCUAGAUUUUUGAAAACAACAAUGGUUACAUCUACAUUCCGGGAAAGGAGGAAGAAAAGAAGAGAAAUUGUGUUUUACAUUACCGGGGUAUUUCUGGUUCUCUACGGCACGGUUCACCUCAUUUACAGAGUUUCUGCAUCUUCUGUUUCCCAAAGUGCAGUAAGAGUUCGACGCGAUGUAGAGAAUGAAACUCGCUGCGUGCCUCCCCCAUCUUCAGAGUUUCCAGAAGCGUUUUUCACCCCGCAAGAAAGAAAGGACGGGGGUGUUGUUAUUUAUUUCAUGAUCAUUUUUUACAUGCUGUUAGCAGUCUCUAUUGUUUGUGAAGACUACUUCUUACCUUCCUUGGAACUGAUCAGUGAACGUCUUGGUCUAUCCCAGGAUGUUGCUGGAGCAACUUUCAUGGCCGCUGGUAGCUCAGCCCCAGAACUGGUCACCACAUUUCUAGGUGUAUUUGUUACAAAGGGAGACAUUGGUGUCAGUACCAUAGUUGGAUCAGCAGUUUACAAUUUACUAGCUAUUUGUGCUGCGUGUGGAUUAUUAUCAUCAGUGGUAUCAAGGCUAACCUGUUGGCCGUUGUUCAGAGACUGUGUGGCGUACGCGAUAAGUGUAUCGGCAGUUAUUGCAAUAAUCUCUGACAGCAAAAUAUACUGGUAUGAGGCUGCCUCUCUGUUACUGAUUUAUGGGGUGUACAUUGUGGUUCUUUGCUUUGACAUCCGCAUCAACCAGUACAUAUUAAAGAGGUUUAGUCCAUGCUGUCACUGCCUGACUGAAGCAAUGGAGGAGAGUAGUGAGCAGCAGUCAUUAGUUGGAUGGAAUGAAGACAGUGGAUUGUUGCUGCACAGGCAUUCCAGAACGGACAGUGGGAUCUUUCAGGAAGACUCGGGUUACUCACAGCUUUCACUUAGUUUACACGGACUAAAUGAAAUUUCUGAUGGUCAUCCAUGUGUCUUUACGAUACCUGAAGCAGACCUGAAGAGAAUUCUGUGGGUACUGUCCCUACCCAUCAUCUUAUUACUGUUUUUAACCAUUCCUGACUGUCGAAGGCAGUUCUGGAAAAGAUGGUUCUUGAUCACCUUCUUCAUGGCUGCAGUGUGGAUUUCUGCAUUUACAUAUAUCCUUGUCUGGAUGGUCACAGUAGUAGGAGAAACCUUGGGGAUCCCAGACACUGUGAUGGGCCUCACCCUUUUGGCAGCAGGAACAAGCAUUCCUGACACUGUUGCAAGUGUACUGGUUGCGAGAGAAGGAAAGGGAGAUAUGGCAAUGUCUAAUAUUGUUGGAUCCAAUGUAUUCGACAUGCUUUGUCUUGGUUUACCAUGGUUCAUUAAGACAGUAUUUGUGGACACAACUUCACCUGUGGAAGUAAACAGCACAGGUUUGUUGUACACAGCUUCAGCCCUUCUUCUGUCCAUUGUAUUUAUAUUUCUGGCUGUACAUCUAAAUAGGUGGAAAUUAGAUAAGAAGCUUGGUGCUGUAUGCUUGCUUUUCUAUAUUCUCUUUGCAACAUUAUCCAUUUUGUAUGAACUUGGAAUUAUUGGAAGCAAUCCAAUAAGAGCAUGCAGUGACUGAAUCAUUGUCUUCUACAUCAAAUGUGUUUUCAGUA